AUGUUUACGCGAUCGGUGCUGGGCGCCUCGCUCGUCCUCGUUGCCAGGGCGGCGCAGCCUGGAGCUGUUGACCCAGUGGCUGCCCCGAUGCGAGAUCUGACCUGGGGUCAGCUCAACUUUCUUCACACGACAGACACCCACGGCUGGCUCGGCGGACAUCUUCUAGAACCGCAGUACUCUGCCGAUUGGGGAGACUACAUUUCCUUCGCCCACCACAUGCGCAAGCGGGCCGAUGAUACCGGCGCCGACCUCCUGCUUGUCGACACGGGCGAUCGCAUCGAGGGCAACGGGCUCUAUGACGCAUCCACCCCGAAGGGCCUAUUUCAGUACGAUAUUUACGCCGAGCAGAAUGUCGACAUUAUAUGCAUCGGCAACCACGAGCUGUACCAGGCCUACUCGGCCGACCGCGAGCACAACGCCACUGUCCCCAACUUUAGGGAAAACUACAUCGCCUCCAACCUCGACUACAUAGACUCGACCACUGGCGAACGAAAGCCGUUGGCCCAGCGCUACCGCAAAUUCAAGACCAAGAAUCAGGGCCUGGAGAUUGUCGCUUUUGGCUUCUUGUUCGACUUUACCGGCAACGCCAACAACAGCGUCGUUCAGCCCGUGGCGGAGACCAUCAAAGAGGAAUGGUUCCAGGAAGCUAUGCGAGAGAAGCCGGACCUCUUCGUCGUCAUCGGGCACGUCGGCCUCCGCAUGGAAGAGUUCCGUACAAUCUUCACCGCGCUGCGCAAGCAAAACUGGCACACCCCCAUCGUCUUCUUUGGCGGGCACGCCCAUGUGCGCGACGCGCUCAGCUACGAUUCGCAGUCUUUUGCCAUGGCGUCAGGCCGAUAUUUCGAGACCAUCGGCUGGAUGUCGGUCGACGGAAUCAAGAAGGCCAAGAAACCAGACAAGGACGUCUCGGCCGAGGCGUCGCUCAGCUUCACCCGCAAAUACAUGGACAACAACUUGCUUGGCAUGUACUACCACACGGGGCUCAACGAGACGACAUUUCCCACAAAGCAUGGAAAACGUGUCAGCGACAUGAUUUCCAGGGCACGGGACGCCCUCCAGCUGGACUACAAGUACGGCUGCGCACCGAAAGACCUCUGGAUGUCCCGGGCCAAGUUCCCGUCCAACGAGAGUAUCUAUUCGUGGCUGCAAGACGACGUCUUGCCAGACAUUGUUGUGAGCGACACACGAAAGGAGAAGUCGCGCCUUGCGAUUGUUAACACGGGCGGCAUCCGCUUUGACAUCUUCAAAGGCCCAUUCACUCGUGACAGCACGUACACGGUGAGCCCGUUCACCAGCGGCUUCAGCUACGUCCCCGACGUGCCAUACGACGUGGCGUCCAAGGUGAUUGGACUGCUCAACAGCGCGGGCAAGGUGCUUGAAACGGACCGGACUCACUCGCGAUUCCUCGACAUUCCGGAGCAAAUGACUUUUGAGGAUCUAACACGCGUCGGUCUCGUUGACGAUGAUUCUGAAGAGGAGGAGCCACGUCUUGAACUGCGAAGUGUUCCCACCUCCGACGGACCCGACUUGAUUCCGGGAUACACGACAAAGGACGACAUUGGCAGCGACGGUGAUGACACGGUACACAAGGAAAUCAAGUUCCAUGCCGUGCCCAACUGCAUUCAGGCCGAGAUCGAAUUCCCCGACGAGGGUAAGCCGGAGAAGGUAGACUUGGUGUUCAUCGACUUUGUGCAGCCGUGGAUCAUUCCAGCGCUCAAGUUCAGCGGGGGCGAUUUCAGCGAUGACGACGUCCAGCGUUACAUGGAUGGGACUCUGACGUACAAGCUGGGCGAGUGGAUCAAGAAGAACUGGAAGACCGAUUGCUAG